GCUCGUCAAACAUUGAGCCAGCGAUGUGAGACGAAAGCGACAAGAUGGUCUCGUGGGUUGUGUCAGUUAUUGUUUUAUUUAUCAUGGGUGGUGAUGGCCAAGAGCACGGGCCAGUGUUCCUCAUGGAGCCACCGUCUCGCCUGGUGUUCUCCAACAGUUCUGGAGCCAGGGUCUCCUGCGCAGCGCAUGGGUUCCCAUCACCACAGAUCGCCUGGCAACUACCUGAUGGGACUCAGCUGGAUGAUAGUCCAGGACUCAGGCAAGUCCUGGACAACGGCACGCUGGUGUUCCUGCCGUUCGCCGCGCUGCAGUACCGGCAGGACGUGCACAGUUCGGUGUACCGCUGCCGCGCGCACAACGCGCACGGCGCCAUCGUCUCCAGGGAUAUGAGGGUGCAGGCAGUGGUUUGGCAAGACUGGCAGGUCCACGCAACGUCCACGCCUGCUGAGGUGGGAGGUCCAGCCGUGGUGACCUGCGCCGCGCCCUCCGCGGUGCGAGACCACGCCACGGUCGCCGCGUGGUAUAGAGACGAUAGUGUGGUCUCUGCGGGUGAUCAGAUGUCUGGUCCAGCACUGGUGGUGGACGAGGGGUGGAAGCUGGUCAUCCGCUCGGUGCGAGCUGACGACUCCAGGGCGCAGUACUCCUGCUCCGUACUGGACUCCCUCACGGGGGAGCGCCGGAGAAGCAUUCCUGUCAGUAUAGAUGUUACGCCGAUGAGCAUGCCGUCCGCGCCACGCGCGCUGCUGCACGGCGCAUGGGAGGCGAGUGUGCGGCGCGGCGCGGACGUGUGGCUGCCGUGCCUCGUGCAUGCCAACCCGCCGGCUACUGUCACGUGA